AUGCGCGCGAUUGCACACUCAGUCGUCAGCUUCCUGCUCUCGUUCUCCCUCAGUCUCCCUCCCGCUGCUGAACCGCCGCUCGACCUCUCCUCGCUGGACUUGUCCGCAUUCAGCAACCUUGACCCGUCGAUUCAGGCGGUCAACAUCCACAUCCUCGCGGGUACUCCGCCGAAUCCGCUCAACGGGAACUUCGACGACGAGAAAUGCUCCCCUGCGCAGGUGACGGCUAUCCGCAAUGGCAUCGUCGACGCGCGCAACAUGGCGACUGGUGCGAUAGCGCUGCUGAAGCCGAAGGACAUGAACAAGAGUAACGGGUUCUUCUGGAUCUUCGGCGGCUCCACGGUCGACCCCGCAAUCAUCACCAAGCACUUCUCCUUCGUGCUCAGGCUCGGCACGGCGGACGAAAUCACGUCGACAAAGAAAUAUGAAAACAGCAAGACGGAUCUUAUCUUCACGUGCAUUCCACCGACGGCCCCGAAGGCAACCUCUGCAUAUGCGAACACCCAGAACAUCGGCCGGCAGAAGUCAGUUCUCAACCUCAUCCGGCUGUCGCCGACAGGGCUUGCGAACACGGAAUCGUACACAAUCGCUGCCGCGCGCGUGAAGACGUCUGGCCAGAUCCAAGACGGCUUCCCCGUGAAGCAAGUCGGCACGCUGUCGGUCCCCGCGCCGCCACUCGCUUUCACGAUCGUUCAUGAGGUGCAACACGCUGAUCCGCUGAUGGAUAACCCUGCAACAGACCACCUUGUCGAUGAGAAGGGCGGGACCGGCGCGCGCGCGUACGGCUUCCAGCAAAUUAUGCACGAGUUGUCCAAGGACCAGAAGGCGCGCAAUCCGCAGAACUAUGCGUUCUUUGGCUUACUGGCCGCGUCUAACCCGGAGUUGUUCGUGCCCAACUGCUACAUCGGCGACGCGCCCCUCAGCCUCGCGCCACUCUUAAUCGCCGGUCGUCUCCGGAUGCAGACGUCGCUCGGGCCGGACACAUGCCACACCACGGUCCCCGGGGCGUGCGCCGCCUGCAAGAAGAUUAUCAAGGGCAUUCCCGGUGAUGUCAAGCUGCCCAACUUCGACCCCGAUUCCACGUAG